AGCACUGGGGCCGAAGGGACGUGGGACACAGCCUGGGAUGGAGACCGGCAAGGGGACUGCAGGGUCUGGCUCCCUGGGGAUGCAAGCAGGGACACAGGGGGAACCAGCGACCCCUGUGAAGUUGUCAGGCGCUCCCUCUGAUCACACGAGGUCUAUUGGUGCCGGCGCCACCACCCCGGGGAUGCAGCCAGGAUCACGGGGCACCCAGGCCACCACCCGCCUGGGGACACAGCCAGGGGCCCCUGACACCCAGGCCAGCACCUCGGGGAUGCAGCCAGGAUCCCCUGGGACCCACACCACCACCCCUGGGGUGCAGCCUGCGUCCUCCAGAUCCCAAGCCACCAUUCCAGGCGAUGCCCAAGAGCCGGCCAAGCCCUGGGGCUCCACCAGCACCUCCAGCUACGAGUCGGAGAUGCGGGAGGUUCUCUCACAGGUUGGGCAGCUCGGCAACGUCUACGCUGGUCUGAAGGAGGAGGUGGAACAGCUUAAAUCUACAAAAGCAGAACGUGCAGAUCUUGAGAACGUGCGCCAGCUUUUCCCGAAGGGAGGCCGGCAGAGCAUCACCAGCAUCCUGGCCGACCUCAAGUGCCAGAUGUCCUUCCUACAAGACAUGGCCAGGGCCCUCCGCGGGGAGGAGGAGAAGGUGAGCCGGCAGCAGUCCCCGAGGGGCUGCGGGGAUGCCAGUUUGGGCAGGGAGGGGGCAGCGAAAGGGUCCCCGUGCCGGAAUGACACAGGGGGCUGUGCCCUCACCGCCCCCACUGCCGUUCCCAGAUCAGCAAGGUGGAGGAUGCUCCCAGAAAGAUGAGGGGGGCUGGAGCCGGCAGAAAAGCAGACGGCAGCGGCCAGAUGACCCGACAGCCGCGGUAAAAUGAUGGGAGAGGGUUUCCUACCCCGCAGGGCUGCGAGGGAGCCUGGGGUCUGGGAGCAUCCCAGUUUGGGGGCCGAGGGACACCCCCACGAAGGCUAAGCCUGCCCCUGCCCCCGUCUCGCUGGCCAGGCCCAAGGGACAGAAGGUCAAGGCAGAGCGCAAGGAGCUGGGGAAGCAGCAGGAGCCGACCCAGGCCGAGCUGGAGCAGUUUGCGGCUGAGUACGUGAAUAACUUGGUGAUGGAGGCAGCGCAGCAGCUGCAGGCAGAGGUGAGGCCCGGGGGCAGCGCUCCCAGCCCCCGCUGGCUAGGGAGGGUCCUGGCGGGGUCCCGGCCACGUCCCCUGGCUGGAUGGGGCCAUGGAGCCUCCACGGCACCUGGGCUUG